AUGUCUUCAAGAAGAAGAAGGAAGGCGUCAGCAGCGGGGCCUGCCUCGCCGGCCAGCUCCACGCAAACCGCCAUCCGAAUACACCCAUCGCUCGCGCCCGCUGCGUCUGUACCCGUGCGCAAAGAUCCACCGGGGGACGAGACACCGCCGCUUCUAUCCGAGAGCGACUCCGUUGCCUCGCGCUCCUCGUUAGGGGAGGACCGUCCGCGCCACGAGGACACCGACGAUUUGCUCCCCGAAGAUGACGAGGGGUCGGUCGAGUACAAGUGGCGUCUCGUCAACCCCACCCGCGACCGCUUCGCUCAGCUAGUCACUCAGCUCAAUUUCAGGUUGUCCGAGGGGAAUGGCGAGGCCAUUUAUGAGCUCGGCGUGGAAGACAACGGUCGUAAGAAGGGUUUACCAGCAGACGUCCUUGCUGCCUCCCUCGAGACCUUGAAGCGGAUGGCUCAUGACCUUGGUGCGGAGACCCAAGUUUUGAGAGAGGCUGAUGGAAAAGAGGGUCGCGUCGCUCAAGUGUUGGUAAGGAAAGUCCCAAAAGCCCUCGAGGACUACUUGGACAUUCGUGUUGCCGUCGCGGGUAAUGUUGACUCGGGUAAGAGUACCCUUGUUGGCGUUUUGACAGGAUCCGGUGCACUUGAUAAUGGCAGGGGCCUCGCUCGCUCCCAGAUUUUCACGCACAAGCACGAGCUCGAGACGGGUCGAACGUCGGCUAUAUCGCAAGCUAUUAUUGGUUUCGCCGCCACAGGCGAAAUUGUCAACUACACAAAUGUACGAAACCUAACCUGGUCUGAUGUGGUGGAGAAAGCCUCCAAAGUUCUUACGUUCUUUGAUUUAGCUGGCCACGAGCGCUAUCUCAAGACGACUGUCUUUGGUUUAACUGCUCACGCUCCGGACUUCUGUAUGCUGGUUGUUGGCGCCAACAUGGGGGUAUUGCGCAUGACCAAAGAGCAUCUCGCAAUUACUCUGGCCUUAAAAGUACCUGUUUACAUUGUCAUUACAAAGAUCGACCUUGCUCCAGAACAUGUCUACGAACAGACCGUCAACCAUCUCCAGAGAUUGCUGAAGAGCCCUGGCGCUGGUAAGAAGCUCCCCGUCAUGGUCAAGAGCAUAGACGAAGUAACCUUGAGUGCUCAGAACAUCGUCAAUGACCGCAUAGUUCCUAUUUUCUCCCUCUCCAAUGUUACCGGCGAGGGUCUUGACCUUUUGAGAGCAUUUCUCAAUCUUGUACCAUCAAGACGAAACUGGCGCGAACAUAUGGAUAAGCCGGCCGAGUUCGCAAUCGAUGAGACAUUUGUUGUCCCAGGUGUAGGUACAGUGGUUGCAGGAACUACUACGGCCGGUGCUGUUGCUCUUGGUCAAAUAUUGAACCUUGGGCCCGACGGUAGGGGCAAGUUUGUCAAAGCCCAAGUGAAAUCUGUGCACUACAAGAGAACACCGGUGAAGAGAGUAGUUGCGGGGCAGGCUGGUUCGCUUGCGCUGAAAAAGGUCAAGCGCUCGGCGGUGCGAAAGGGUAUGGUUCUGCUUGACGCCAGCAUUCGUCCGGGUGCAGUCCGCGAGUUCACAGCCGAGGUUCUCGUGCUAUACCAUGGCACGACAAUUCGUGAAGGUUAUGAACCCGUGCUGCACUGUGAGACAAUCCGUCAAGCGGCCAGAGUCCUUUCCAUAGACACUCCCAUCAUUCGGACAGGUGACCGGGCCACCAUCAAGUUCCGCUUCAUGUACUACCCCGAAUAUGUCAAAGCUGGUGCGCGCUUCAUUUUCCGGGAGGGAAGAACGAAGGGCCUGGGACGUAUCAUAUCUGUGGAGAGACCAACGAUGCACUGAAGAUUCCUGAACAAAGCCACAACCUUCUAACUCCUGACAGUAGAGACUGUGUCAUUCGCAGUGGGGGCUUGGGAUGAUUGCAAAUGCAGUCAGGUGGCAGCGUCGGCAAAGUGUGGAGCAACGGUGCCGCCGCGCUUGUAAUUUCAAUUUUGUUUUUUUCGCCUCCUUCUAGCGCUGAAGGUCAUGAAGGGGACAAGAAAGCACCUCACGCCCCUUCGCAGCUUGGACAGAAAUUCUGCGAUACGAGUGAGCGGGUGCUAGAUCUGUCUGGCAGAGUUGCCGUCGAUAAACAUGUCAAUUUCUUUU